AUGGUGAUGGUGGAGAUGAUGAAGAUCAUGCCAAUGUAGGCCUUUCCUGUGUGUGGCGAAGGGGGAGAGCUUUCUGAUGGAUGGAUAUAUCAUCUUGGUGGAUGUGUGUGAGCUGCCAUAGAGAUGUAACCUGAAACCUGUCAGCCAUUAAUGUGAUGGUGAUGGUGGAGAUGAUGAAGAUCAUGCCAAUGUAGGCCUUUCCUGUGUGUGGCGAAGGGGGAGAGCUUUCUGAUGGAUGGAUAUAUCAUCUUGGUGGAUGUGUGUGAGCUGCCAUAGAGAUGUAACCUGAAACCUGUCAGCCAUUAAGUCGUUCAGAUCCUGACCUUCCCUUUUAAAAAGCUGAACUGCCCUUGGACCGGCUGCUGAUAGGGCCAACUUCCACUACACUCUGUAGACAGUGACAUUGCACUUUUCACUGUAACAAUAGGAUCAAGUAGCCUUUAGACCAGGGGUGUCAAACGUACAGUCCCGCAAGGGGGGUGGGAAAUUAACUAAAUAUACUUUAAAAUGACUAAAACCAAAUCGAAACUGUGUAGAAAUGAUAAUGGACCUACAUUGAUAGACAGUCAGGGAGCAUCGAAAAUGAGUUUGACAUCCCUGCUCUAGACACUAAUCUGAAGUUAGUUUAGCAUUUUCUGCCCUAAUAGAUGAGUUUAGGAUUUGGGGAGAGUGAGCUGAUCCUAGACAUGUGCCUUGUAGGCCCUACUACCUAGUGCCUACAGAAAAGUUCUACCCAGAGUUGUAGUGGUGACAGCAGCAGACAUGAGUGUGCAUCAGUAUUUUGGGCGCUUCAUUCCUCCCUCCCUCCCUCCUUUUCUUCUUCCCUCAUCUUCCCGGCAGACGUGUGUUUUGGAAUGCUACCGCCCUCAGCCCCCCCCCCCCCCCCCUUGUCUUUCCCCCUCCCUAUCGUCACUCCCCCCUCUCUCUCACUCCCUACCACUUAUACAAGCGUCUGUUAGUGUAGAAACUGAGUUUCCGUUCUGGCACUCAAAGGGUUAAAAACUGCUUUUCUCUCUCUCUCGCUCUCGCUCUCUCUCUCUCUCUCUCUCUCUCUCUCUCCUCUCCUCUCUCCUCUCUCUCUCUCUCUCCUCUCUCUCUCUCUCUCUCUCUCUCUCUCUCUCUCUCUCUCUCUCUCUCUCUCUCUCUCUCUCUCUCUCUCUCUCUCUCUCUCUCUCUCUCUCUCUCUCUCUCUCUCUCUCUCUCUCUCUCUCUCUCUCUCUCUCACAUACACACACAUGCUCACACACAAUCACUCGCCAACCGGUUUAGACUGGUUCUUAGAAAAAGUGCUUUGUCUCCCUAUGAAUCCUGGGAAGGGUCAUGUGUGCCUCAGUGAUGUCAGAGAGGUUGAAAAAAAACUUGAGUCCGCUUUCUUUUAUCAGAUGAGAUGUAUGUGUGUGUGUGUGGCCCAGGUACAGUAAUGAGUGUGGCAGUGUGUGCUGCAUGUUUGCCGCCAAACUACCCUAUUCUGGUUAAUGUGGCUGUUUUUUCCCAAAGCCGUAGCUUCCUGCCGUGUGUCACUGGGCAGACAAGGGGCCUGAGUGAGUGUUCUGUUUAUUUAUGGAGGUCAGCAUUGGGACCCCAGUCCGCAUGUAUGACGCAGGACACAACUCCUCACUGUACUGUCUGUCUAUAGUGUCUGUCUGUCUGUUAGUAUGACUGUGAUUAGUCUCGGAGUAUCUCCUACAGACAGUCUAGUCUUGCCUCAGUCUAGUCAAGUCUCUCUACUUGUUUCCUGGCACCUCGUCUAACUGUUUCCCUAUAGCUGUCUUCCUCUGUGUGUGCGUGCAUGCGUGUGUGUGUGUAUAAAUGGGAAGCAGGGAUUAAGACCAGCUAGCAUCUGGGUAGCUGGCACCAAGGUGGUCAUGUGUGUUCCAAUCCCAUAGCCAUCAGUCCCAUUGACAGACAAGAGUGAGAGAGAGGGAGAGAGGGAACUACUGUAAGUCUCUCUCCAUUCUGUCCCACAGGACAACAUCUGGUGCCCACUUAGCUAGCUUAAUAGAGAGGGACUGAAUCUGGCGUGGUGUUUUGCCUCUGUCCUCAGUAAAUGCUUCAAGGUCAGCUGGGCUUUAUCUCUAAAAAUGGAUUCAAGGUCAGCUAUGCCUGUCCAAGUUCUAUACACUUUGUUUUACAACUGAUUUGAGGUCAGCUAUACCCAUCCUGGUCCAAGGCUAUAUGCUUUACUGUCUAUUGAUGUCAGCUUUGUCUAUUCAAGUGAAUGUCUGACCAACUCGUCUUCUGUCCGUCUCUUUGUAGGGGGAUGUCUGAGGAGGCUGUUCGUCAGACGCGCAGUCAGAAGAGGGCGCUGGGGAGAGAAGUCCCGUCCCCUGAUUCCGAAGCCCCUCCCACUGAGUCCGACAGCAAGAAGCCCAAAUUAGACCGGGCAGAGACUGGAGCUCCAGACCAGGAUGAUGAGAGCUCAACUAAACCACAACCACAACCCGAAACCACAAAAGAUGACCUAGACCAUUUUAAACCUGUGGUCAAGCCUGAGAAGGAACCAGAACUACCCCAGUUAACAUUACCGCUAGUGUUACCGUCCCAACCAACAAAGGAGCCAGAGCCGGACCGGGCCCCGAAAUGGUCAGAACCGAGCUUAGACAACCGGACUGAGUGGAAUGACCACAGCGACCGGGUCAGGGUGAAGGGGGUGGUGCCUCUAGAUGGGCGGAACAGGACUGUGCGGUCGGAACCGAAGGUGGCUAGUGGUAUGAUGGCGGCAACGGAGGUGAAGGCUACCAUUAAAGUGGAGGUCCAGACAAGAGAGCAGGCGCUGGAUAUGAGCACGUCUAGAGGGUGAGACCACACUGUAUUUAUUCUCCUAAAAACUGAUGUGAGAGAAGCUCCUUUUACUAUAGUUCUAGUACCAUUUACUCUAUGCCAUUCAAAACUGACUUGAGGUCAGGGGGGGGGGCGUAGUGAGAGAUCAAUGAGAUAAAAAGAAAGUUGUUUUUAAGAAGAUUUUGUAAUUGGAAUCUUCAUUGCUCUUAUUGAACGGAGUACCUACUAUUUGCGGUGUGGGGGGCAAGGAGGGGGGGGGGGCAGUUUUAUUUUUAUUUUUCAAAAGAAAACUGUCCUUCAAAACUUCCCGUGCCUGGCCCUCCCUCCAUUUUCCCCUGUCACCACCUGAACCCUAAAACUCCCCUCCACAAAAUGAAGCCUGUGUGUCACAAACCGGUUCCAACCAGCCAUUGCCAUGGUUUCCACAGUGGAAGGAACAGUGAGGGGAGGGGGGGCGGUGUGAGAGGCAGGGUCACGUGAUGAUGCCUGAGUGGAGGGUCAUGUGACCUGCUUUGGAUGAGUGAUUAAUCCACAGGAAGUGGUAAUGGGGCGACACACAUGCACACACACACUCUCAAGGUGCUAAGCCCUGAGGAGGACGAGGCUGCUUAUUGUAAUGCCCACUUCUGAGAAUUGACAAUCCGUCUCAUUAGAAUUCAUCAUUUACUCUACAUCUAACUUUCAUUUUCCAGUCUAAACUGGGUUAUUCAUAUCGAUAAAGGUUUACAGCAAUCCACAUUUCAUUGAUGCUGAUCAAACUGGUCCUCUGUAGCUCAGCUGGUAGAGCACGGCGCUUGUAACGCCAAGGUAGUGGGUUCGAUCCCCGGGACCACCCAUACACAAAAAUGUAUGCACGCAUGACUGUAAGUCGCUUUGGAUAAAAGCGUCUGCUAAAUGGCAUAUUAUUAUUAUUAAACUCAAACAGAAUGUCAUUAGACUAGUGGCAACGGGCAAGCCCACACAAGGUUUUUGACCUAGGUCUAACAUACAACAAAUAUAAACUGGUAGCCUUCCAAUACAAACACUGCUACUCGUUAUAAUUUAAAAAAAAACAUUUUAGUCAUUUAGCAGACGCUAUUAUCCAGAGCGACUUACAGUUAGUGAGUGCAUACAUUUUUCAUACAAAUCGAAUUUUAUUUGUCAAGUGCCGAAUACAAUGGGUGUAGAAUUUACCAUAAAAUGCUUACUACGAGCCCUUUCCCAACAAUGCAGUUAAAAAGUACGACAAUUUGUAAAAACAAAAAAGGAAAUAGUAACACAAUACAAUAAGAAUAACGAGACUAUAUAAAAGGAGUACCGGUACCGAGUCAAUGUGCUAGGGGUACGAGGUAGUUGAGGUAAUUCAGGUAAUACAGUAUGUACACGUGGGUAGGGGAAAAAGUGACUAGGCAAUCAGGAUAGAUAAUAAACAGAGUAGCAGCAGCGUAAUGGAUAAUGGCUGCCGUUUUAUUUUGUUAGUUUUUUCACAUUGUUUGUAACUUAUUUUGUACGAUUACUCACCUCGAACUGGACAAAUAUUUUUUUCUUUAAUGAGUCCGACGCGAAGGAUAUACUGCUUCCCCGAGACCAGGCCCAAAUCCCGUCAUUCGCGUGAAGAAAAGACAGAAAUAAAGGGGGCCGUGGUCUGGGUGCCUUGUGAGAAUUCGUCGGCGAGUGGGUAAACCGCCUUUACAAUCCGUUCUAUUGGCCAACGUGCAAUCACUGGAAAAUAAACUGGAUGAUCUACGAUCAAGACUAUCCUAUCAGCGGGACAUUAAAAACUGUAAUAUCUUAUGUUUCACCGAGUCGUGGCUGAACAACGACACAUAGAUUAUACAGCUGGCUGGGUUUUCCGUGCAUCGGCAGGACAGAGCAGAUACGUCUGGUUAGAUGGGGUGUGGGUGUGUGUCUAUUUGUCAAUAACAGCUGGUGCGCGAUGUCUAAUAUUAAAGAAGUCUCAAGGUAUUGCUCGCCUGAGGUGGAGUACCUCAUGAUAAGCUGUAAACCACACUAUUUACCAAGAGAGUUCUCAUCUAUAUUAUUCGUAGCCGUCUAUUUACCACCACAAACCGAUGCUGGCACUAAGACCACACUCAACGAGCUGUAUAAGGCCAUAAGCAAACAAGGAAAUGCUCAUCCAGAAGCGGCGCUCCUAGUGGCCAGGGACUUUAAUGCAGGCAAACUUCAAUCCAUUUUGCCUAAUUUCUACCAGCAUGUCACAUGAGCAACCAGAGGGGAAAAAAACUCUAAACCACCUUUACUCCACACACAGAGGCGCAUACAAAGCUCUCCCUCAACCUCCAUUUGGAAAAUCUGACCAUAAUUCUGUCCUCCUGAUUCCUGCUUACAAGAAAAACUAAAGCAAGUGGUCAGAUGACGCGGAUGAUUCGCUACAGGACUGUUUUGCUAGCACAGACUGGAAUAUGUUCCAGGAUUCAUCCAAUGGCUUUGAGGAGUAUAUCACCUCAGUCACCGGCUUCAUCAAAAAGUGCAUCGACAACGUCGUCCCCACAGUGACCGUACGUACAUAUCCCAACCAGAAGCCAUGGAUUACAGGCAACAUCCGCACCGAGCUAAAGGUUAGAGCUGCCGCUUUUAAGGAGCGGGAUACUAAUCCGGACGCUUAUAAGAAAUCCUGCUAUGCCCUCAGACGAACCAUCAAACAGGCAAAGCGUCAAUACAAGACUAAGAUUGAAUACUACUACACUGGCUCUGACGCUCGUCGGAUGUGGCAGGGCUUGCAAACUAUUACAGACUACAAAGGGAAACCCAGCCGCGAGCUGCCCAGUUACGCGAGCCUACCAGACGAGCUAAAUGCCUUUUUACGAUCGCUUCGAGGCAAGUAAGACUGAAGCAUGCAUGAGAGCACCAGCUGUUCCGGACGACUGUGUGAUCGCGCUCUCCGUAGCCGAUGUGAGCAAGACCUUUUAAACAGGUCAACAUUCACAAGGCCGCGGGGCCAGACUGAUUACCAGGACAUGUACACAGAGCAUGCGUGGACCAACUGGCAAGUGUCUUCACUGACAUUUUCAACAUGUCUCUGACUGAGUCUGUAAUACCAACAUGUUUCAAGCAGACCACCAUAGUCCCUGUGCCCAUGAAAGCGAAGGUAACCUGCAUAAAUGACUACCGCCCCGUAGCACUCACGUCGGUAGCCAUGAAGUGCUUUGAAAGGCUGGUCAUGGCUCACAUCAACACCAUCAUCCCGGAAACCCUAGACCCACUCCAAUUUGCAUAUACUGCCCCAACAGAUCCACAGAUGACGCAAUCUCAAUCACACUCCACACUGCCCUUUCCCACCUGGACAAAAGGAACACCUAUGUGAGAAUGCUGAUCAUUGACUACAGCUCAGCGUUCAACACCAUAGUGCCCACAAAGCUCAUCACUAAGCUAAGGACCCUGGGACUAAACACCUCCCUCUGCAACUGGAUCCUAGACUUCCUGACGGGACUCCCCCAGGUGGUAAGGGUAGGCAACAACACAUCUGCCACGCUGAUCCUCAACACUGGGGCCCCUCAGGGGUUCGUACUUAGUCCCCUCCUGUACUCCCUGUUCACCCACGACUGCGUGGCCAAGCACGACUCCAACACCAUCAUUAAGUUUGCUGACGACACAACAGUGGUAGGCCUAAUCACCGACAACGAUGAGACAGCCUAUAGGGAGGAGGUCAGAGACCUGGCAGUGUGGUGCCAGGACAACAACCUCUCCCUCAAUGUGAGUAAGACAAAGGAGCUGAUCGUAGACUACAGGAAAAGGAGAGCCGAACAGGCCCCCAUUAACAUCGACGGGGCUGCAGUGGAGCGGGUAGAGAGUUUCAAGUUCCUUGGUGUCCACAUCACCAACAAACUAUCAUGGUCCAAACACACCAAGACAGUCGUGAAGAGGGCACGACAACACUUUUUCCCCCUCAGGAGACUGAAAAGAUUUGGCAUGGGUCCCCAGAUCCUCAAAACGUUAUACAGCUGCACAAUCGAGAGCAUCCUGACCGGUUGCAUCACCAUCUGGUAUGGCAACUACUCGGUAUCCGACCGUAAGGUGCUACAGAGGGUAGUGCGUACGGCCCAGUACAUAACUGGGGCCAAGCUUCCUGCCAUCCAGGACCUAUAUACUAGGCGGUGUCAGAGGAAGGCCCCAAAAAUUGUCAAAGACUCCAGUCACCCAAGUCAUAGACUGUUCUCUCUGCUACCGCACAGCAAGCUGUACCGGAGCACCAAGUCUAGGUCCAAAAGGCUCCUUAACAGCUUCUACCCCCAAGCCAUAAGACUGUUGAACAAUUAAUCAAAUGGCCACCCGGACUAUUUAUUGUCAUUUUAUUGUGUUACUUUAGUUUAUUUAGUAAAUAUUUUCUUAACUCUUUCUUGAACCGCAUUGUUGGUUAAGGGCUUGUAAGUAAGCAUUUCACGGUAAGGUCUACACCUGUUGUAUUCGACGCAUGUGACAAAUAAAAUUUGAUUUGAUUAGUGUGAAAGUGUGUGUGUGUGUGUGUGUGUAUGUAGUGUGUGAGUGUAUGUAGUGUGUGAGUGUAUGUUGUGUGUGUUUUAGUGUCAAUGAAGUAUGUCUGAGUGUGUGGGUACUAGAGUCCACUGAGUGUGCAAGAAAUUAUAAAAUAAAAACUUUUUGUUUAUGAAAAAGAGGGGUUGAGGGGAAGGGGGAGCUGCUGCUGGCUGUCUGCUUUUGUAGACGCACUGUAGAUAACGGAGAAUUGAUCCAAAUAGCUCCCUCCUCAAUAUCCUCCCCUAUUCCCCUGUCCCAAAAGACUCCUGUUCAUUAACACUCUUCAAUGACUUGAUAAUGUGCUAUACAUACAGUGCAUUCGGAAAGUAUUCAGACCCCUUCCCCUUUUCCACAGUAUAUUACGUUACAGCCUUAUUCUAAAAUGGAUCAAAUAAAAAAUGUACCCUCAUCAAUCUACACACAAUAUCUCAUAAUGACAAAGCGAAAACAGGUUUUUAGAAUAAAAACAGAUACCUUAUUUGCAUAAGUAUUCAGACCGUUUGCGAUGACACUCGGAAUUGACCUCAGGUGCAUCCUGUUUCCAUUAAUCAUCCUUGAGAUGUUUCUACAACUUGAUUGGAGUCCACCUGUGGUAAAUUCAAUUGAUUGGACAUGAUUUGGAAAGGCACACACCUGUCUAUAUAAGGUCCCACAGUUGACAGUGUGUGUCAGAACAAAAACCAAGCCAUGAGGUCGAAGGAAUUGUCCGUAGAGCUCUGAGACAGGAUUGUGCCGAGGCACAGAUCUGGGGAAGGAUACCAAAACAUUUCUGCAGCAUUGAAGGUCCCCAAGAACACAGUGGCCCCCAUCAUUAUUAAAUGGAAGAAGUUUGGAACCACCAAAACCCUUCCUAGAGCUGGCCGCCCGGCCAAACUGAGCAAUCGGGGGAGAAGGGCCUUGGUCAGGGAGGUGAAGGUUCACCUUCCAACAGGACAACGACCCUAAGCACACAGCCAAGACAACGCAGGGGUGGCUUCGGGAGAAGUCUCUGAAUGUCCUUGAGUGGCCCAGCCAGAGCCCGGACUUGAACCCGAUCUAACAUCUCUGGAGAGACCUGAAAAUAGCUGUGCAGCGACGCUCCCCAUCCAACCUGACAGAGCUGGAGAGGAUCUGCAGAGAAGAAAUUGAGAAAGUUCCCAAUUACAGAUGUGUCAAGCAUGUAGCGUCAUACCCAAGAAUACUCUAGGCUGUAAUCGCUGCCAAAGGUGCUUCAACAAAGUACUGAGUAAAGGGUCUGAAUACUUAUGUAAAUGUUAGUUUUUGCUUUGUCAUUAUAGGGUAUUGUGUGUAGAUUGAGGGGGAAAAACUAUUUCAUCCAUUUAGAAUAAGGCUGUAACGUAACGAAAUGUGGAAAGAGUCUAGGGGUCUGAAUACUUUCCGAAUGCACUGUAUCUGAGUAUGGAUAAGAUAUUGGCUCAUUCAUCCCCCCUCCUCUCCCCUGUAACUAUUCCCCAGGUCGUUGCUGUAAGUGAGAAUGUGUUCUCAGUCAAUUUACCUGGUAAAAUAUGGGUAAAAAUAUAUAUAUGUAGGCUACAUCUGAUGUGUAGGCCUACAUUAUUAGUGAAUCUAUGGGAAGCAAGGAGGCUAGCCAAGUGAUAUCUAUAUCUCUAUUGUUGAGGUGCCACUUUCUGAGAAGUGAAACUACAUAACAGAAGAUAUUAUGAAUUUACACUUGUUACCAUCUUCUGGACAACAUGGGUUACUACACUUAUUUUUUUUACCCAAUUUCAGAUUCAAUUUAAUUUUUGUAUAUUAAUCUCUCUUUUCUUUUUCGAUUAGAACUUUAAAGAGGGAGAAGUGUCCCCUGUCCCCAGACGAUGAUGUCAUCGUCCUGUCGGAUAAUGACUCCUGCAGUCCCCCGAUGAACGGCUUGAACCACCUCAAGGAGCUGGACACAGACCUACUUAUGGUUAGUGAAAUAACUAUACUACUACCCUGCCCUGAACUUUAGUCACUGUUUCUUGCCGGUUACCACCUGGUACUUAACCCUGCACCUUAGAGACUGAUGCCCUAUGUACAUAGUCAUUGAACACUGGUCACUUUAAUAAUGUUACAAUGUUUUUUUACCCAUUUAUGUACAGUGCAUUCGGAAAGUAUUCAGACCCCUUACGUUACAGCCUUAUUCUAAAAUGAAUUUAAUUGGUUUUUUUCCCACAUCAAUAUACACACAAUACCUCAUAAUGACCAAGCAAAUAAAUUUUAGCAAAUGUAUUACAAAUAACAAACUUAAAUAAACCGUUUACAUAAGUAUUCAGACCCUUUACUCAGUACUUUGUUGAAGCACCUUUGGCAGCGAUUACAGCCUUGAGUCUUCUUGGGUAUGACGCUACAAGCUUGACACACCUAUACUUGGGGAGUUUCUCCCAUUCUUCUCUGCAGAUCCUCUCAAGCUCUGUCAGGUUGGAUGGAAAGCCUCGCUGCACAGCUAUUUUCAGGUCUCUCCAGAGAUGUUAGAUCGGGUUCAAGUCCGGGCUCUGGCUGGGCCACUCAAGGACAUUCAGAGACUUGUCCCGAAGCCACUCCUGCGUUGUCUUGGCUGUGUGUUUAGGGUCGUCGUUCUGUUUGGAAGGUGAACCUUCUUCCCAGUCUGUGGUUCUGAGAGCACUGGAGCAGGUUUUCAUCAAGGAUCUCUCUGUACUUUGCUCCGUUCAUCUUUCCCUUGAUCCUAACUAGUCUCCCAGUCCCUGCCGCUGAAUAACAUCCCCACAGCAUGAUGCUGCCACCACCAUGCUUCAUCGUAGGGAUGGUGCCAGGUUUCCUUCAGACGUGACUCUUGGCAUUCAGGCCAAAGAGUUCAAUAUUGGUUUCAUCAGACCAGAUAAUCUUGUUUCUCAUGGUCUGAUAGUCCUUUUAGGUGCUUUUUGGCAAACUCCAAGCGGGCUGUCAUGUGUAUUUUACUGAGGAGUGGCUUCCGUCUGGCCACUUUACCAUAAAGGCCUGAUUGGUGGAGUGCUGCUGAGAAGGUUCUCCCAUCUCCACAGAGGAACUCUGGAGCUCUGUCAGUGUGACCAUCGGGUUCUUGGUCACCUCCCUGACCAAGGCCCUUCUCCCCUGAUUGCUCAGUUUGGCUGGGUGGCCAGCUCUAGGAAGAGUCUUGGUGGUGCCAAACUUCUUCCAUUUAAGAAUGAUGGAGCCACUGUGUUGUGGGGACCUUCAAUGCUGCAGAAAUGUUUUGGUACCCUUCCCCAGAUCUGUGCCUCGACACAAUCCUGUCUCGGAGCUCUAUGGACAAUUCAUUCGACCUCAUGGCUUGGUUUUGGCUCUGACACACACUGUCAACUGUGGGACCUUAUAUAGACAGGUGUGUGCCUUUCCAAAUCAUGUCCAAUCAAUUGAAUUUACCACAGGUGGACUCCAAUGAAGUUAUAGAAACAUCUCAAGGAUGAUUAAUGGAAACAGGAUGCACCUGAGGUCAAUUCCGAGUGUCAUCGCAAACGGUCUGAAUACUUAUGCAAAUAAGGUAUCUGUUUUUAUUCUAAAAACCUGUUUUCGCUUUGUCAUUAUGAUAUAUUGUGUGUAGAUUGAUGAGGGUACAUUUUUAAUUUGAUCCAUUUUAGAAUAAGGCUGUAACGUAACAUACUGUGGAAAAGGGGAAGGGGUCUGAAUAUUUUCCGAAUGCACUGUAUGUAUAGCACAUUAUCAAGUCAUUGAAGAGUGUUAAUGAACAGGAGUCUUUUGGGACAGGGGGAAUAGGGGAGGAUAUUGAGGAGGGAGCUAUUUGGAUCAAUUCUCUACCAUCAAGUUGUAGAAACAUCUCAAGGAUGAUCAAUGGAAACAGGAUGCACCUGAGCUCAAUUUGGAGUCUCCUAGCAAAGGGUCUGAAUACAUUUACAUUACAUUUUAGUCAUUUAGCAGACGCUUAUGUAAAGAAGGUAUUUAUUUAUUUAUUUUUAUUUGCAAAACUUUCUAGAAACCUGUUUUUCGCUUUGUCAUUAUGGGGUAUUGUGUGUAGAUUGAUGAGGAAAACAAUCAAACAAAUCCAUUUUAGAAUAAGGCUGUAACGUAACAACAAGUCAACGGGUCUGAAUACUUCAGAAUGCACUGUAUAUACUGUAUUCUAGAGAAGGCUCAUCCUAUGUAACUAUUGCUGUAUACACCUUUUCUAUUCAUACACUGAGACUAGACGUAGCAUAGUAAAUGUCAAUCCGGGACACUCAAAAUUAGUAUGAUAUGUUAUGUUUGGUUUGGUUACAUAAGAUAGAAGGUUACUUAAGGCAAGGUAUAACGCGAAGGUCUUGCAACCAAAAGGUUGCGUGUUCGAAUCUCAUCACAGACAACUUUUGCAUUUUAGCUAAUUAACUACUUUGCAACUACUAUUUAGCUACUUUGCAACUACUUAGCAUGUUAGCUAACCCUUUCCCUAAGACUAUCCCUAACCACAACCCUUUAACCUAACUCCUAACCUUAAACCCUAACCCCUAGAGCUAGUUAACGUUAGCCACCUAGCCAAAGUUAGCCACAACAAAUUGGAAUUUGUAACAUAUACGUUUAGCAAAUUCGUAACAUAUUGUACAUUUUGCAAAUUCGUAACAAUUUGUAUUGAACUAAUUGCAAUUCGUAACAAACAGUAUCAUACGAAUUGUAUUUCAUAACAUAUCAUACGAAAUGGAUGAUGGACAUCCACAUAUUAAUACAUACCAUACCAUACGAAACGUAACAUAUACUAAAUGGAGUGUCUCGGAUUUAUGUUCAGAAUAAUAUGAAAUGCUCUGAGACCACGUUCUAUACAUAUACACUACCGGUCAAAAGUUUUAGAACACUUACUCAUUCAAGGGUUUUUCUUUAUUUUUACUAUUUUCUACAAUAGUGAAGACAACAAAACUAUGAAAUAAAACAUGGAAUCAUGUAGUAACCAAAAAAGUGUUAAACAAAUCCAAAUAUAUGUUAUAUUUGAGAUUCUUCAAAAAGCCACCUUUUGCCUUGACGACAGCUCAGCACACUCUUGGCAUUCUCUCAACCAGCUUCACCUGGAAUGCUUUUCCAACAGUCUUGAAGGAGUUCCCACAUAUAUGCUGCUUUUCCUUCACUCUGCCGUCCGACUCAUCCCAAACCAUCUCAAUUUGGUUGAGGUCAGGGGAUUGUGGAGGCCAGGUCAUCUGAUGCAGCACUCCAUCACUCUCCUUCUUGGUAAAAUAGCCCUUACACAGCCUGGAGGUGUGUUGGGUCAUUGUCCUGUUGAAAAACAAAUGAUAUUCCCCCUAAGCCCAAAGCAGAUGGGAUGGCAUAUCGCUGCAGAAUGCUGUGGUAGCCAUGCUGGUUAAGUGUGCCUUGAAUUCUAUAUAAAUCACAGACAGUGUCACCAGCAAAGCACCCCCACACCAUAACACCUCCUCCUCCAUGCUUUACAGUGGGAUAUACACAUGCGGAGAUCAUCAGUUCACCCACACCGCGUCUCACAAAGACACGGCGGUUGGAACCAAAAAUCUCCAAUUUGGACUCCGGACCAAAGGACACAUUUCCACUGGUCUAAUGUCCAUUGCUCGUGUUUAUUGGCCCAAGCAGGUCUUUUCUUCUUAUUGGUGUCCUUUAGUAGUGGUUUCUUUGCAGCAAAUCGACCAUGAAGGCCUGAUUCAUGCAGUCUCCUCUGAACAGUUGAUGUUGAGAUGUGUCUGUUACUUGAACUCUGGGAAGCAUUUAUUUGGGCUGGAUUUUCUGAGGCUGGUAACUCUAAUUAACUUAUCCUCUGCAGCAGAGGGCACUCUGGGUCUUCCAUUCCUAUGGCGGUCCUCAUGAGAGCCAGUUUCAUCAUAGUGCUUGAUGGUUUUUUCGACUGCACUGGAAGAAACGUUCAAAGUUCUUGACAUUUUCCGGAUUGACUGAUCUUCAUGUCUUAAAGUAAUGAUGGACUGUCGUUUCUCUUUGCUUAUUUGAGCUGUUCUUGCCAUAAUAUAGACUUGGGCUUUUAUCAAAUAGGGCUAUCUUCUGUGUACCCCCCCCUACCUUGUCACAACACAACUGAUUGGCUGAAACGCAUUAAGAAAUUCACUUUUAAGAAGGCACACCUGUUAAUUGAAAUGCAUUCCAGGUGACUGCCUCAUGAAGCUGGUUGAGAGAAUGCCAUGAGUGUGCAAAGCUGUCAUCAAGGCAAAGGGUGGCUAUUUGAAGAAUCUCAAAUAUAAAAUAUAUUUUGAUUUGUUUAACACUUUUUUGGUUACUACAUGAUUCCAUAUGUGUUAUUUCAUAGUUUUGAUGUCUUUACUAUUUUCCUAUAAUGUUGAAAAUAGUAAAAAUAAUGAAAAACCCUUGAAUGAGUAGGUGUUCUAAAACUUUUAACCGGUAGUGUAUAUUUAUAUUCCGGUCUCUGACAUUGCUCGUUUUAAUAUUGCUUAAUUCCUUUAUUUUUAUUUUUUGAUUUAUGUGUUUUUUUUUUAUUGUUAGGUAUUACUGCACUGUUGGAGCUAGGACCAUAAGCGUUUCACUAUACCUGCGAUAACAUCUGCAAAAUAUGUGUACGGGACCAAUACAAUUUUAUUGGAAGUAUACCAGACAUUUUUUGACCUCCCAUGAUGUUCCUUGUAACAUGUUCCUUCUCUGGCCAUCUGAUCCAAGAUCCAUCUCCUACUCUAAAUAACUUUUUAAAAUCCGGGCCCAGGGCCUGUAUCUACAAAGCAUAUUAGAGUAGGAGUGCUAAUGUAGCAUCCGUUUUUAUUUUUAGUUCAUAAUGAAUAAGAUUGGAUGGGCAGAUCCUAGAUCAGCACUCCUACUGUGAGAAGCUUUGUGGAUAUAAGCCCUGGUCUCUCUGUCUGCUGCGCUGGUCUCUCUCUCUCUGGUCUAACUGGUCUUUAUCUGGUGUCUGUGUGUAGAAGAGAAGUCCAGAGGAGAGGGAUCGCAUCAUAAAGCAGUUGAAAGAGGAGCUGAGGUUGGAGGAGGCCAAGCUGGUGCUGCUGAAGAAACUACGACAGAGCCAGAUACAGAAGGACACACUGCAGAAGGUAUGGACACAUGUAGCCAAGGUGAGUUGGACUCAUCUGUCGUGAUGAGGUAGCCCUGCCUGUGACAUAAAAUCAGUGUCACCCUCUGCCCAAGAAGGAAUUUGGUUUCCAAGAGCGGAAAACUGGAGUUCAGAUCACAGUCUCUCUCUCUCUCUCGCUUGCUCACACACAUACACACACACACACACACAAUACAGAAAAAGCCACACAGGUAAACACAUACACUCAUCCAGAUGCAUACCUCCAAACACUUACAAAUAGACACACACAUACCCAGCUCAUUCUCUCCAUCUCUGUCUUGUUCCACAGCCCUCAGUAUUGUCAGGUUCUGCGGCUCCUCCAUCUCUGAUCCGUAGGAGUUCGGGCACAGUCAUUCCUCCUCCUCUGGUGAGGGGCGGGCAGCAGAUCUCCUCCAAACAUGGCUCCCACAACUCCCAGAUCAUAAUGCCACCCCUGGUCAGAGGGGCAAAGGUAAGACAGGCCACAAUCUACCUGCCAAACUGGUCAUCAGCUAAUAUCAAUUCUCACUACUAAUUACUUUUUGUGUCUUAGACUACGCUCACCUGUUUUCUUUUCUCUCUCUCUCUCUUUGUUUCUCUCACCCCCCCCCCCCCCCCCCCCCCCCCCAUCUCUCCACCCUUCCUCACAUAUUGCGCCCUCAUCCUUUUCUGUCUUUUGUUGACCGACACAUGCCCUUUUCUAUAUGCCCUCUCUCUGUCCAAUGUUGGCCCUCUCUAUCCAUGCCCUUUCCCUCUUCUCCUCCUCGGUCCACUCUCUCCAAUUCUCUCCCCUGUCUCCCAUCUCUGUCCUUUGUAGCCAAUUGCUGUGUCUCCUCAGCAGAUCCAGUCUCUCCGGCAGCAACAGCAACUGUCAGGGUCUGGCUCUGGGGGCUCUGGCCCCCCUCCCCUGCUGCUGGCCCCCAGGGCCAACGUACCCGGCUCCCAGGCCCAGAGAGGCCUCAUGCAGUCUGGCCUCAUCAGGGUGGGAAACGUCAACAAUGCCAGCCUGCUGGUCAACAUCUCACAGGUGGGUCAGAGGCAGGGCUCUAAAUUAAAAUGUUUAAUUGGUAGCACCAGAAAAUACGUUUUUUUUUUUUUUAUCGAUUCAAAUACAGCCUAUAUGAAUUCUAGCUACUUCUGAAGUACAUGUUGUGCCCUCGAAACUAAUAUGUAACCCUGUAAAUACAUUUGUUUAUUAUAAAAGCCUAAAAUGUUGAUACAAAUACCUGUCAUUGAAAUUAGAAAGUAAUUUGUGGAAUAUUAGGUUUCUACAUGAUUUAAAAGCACUAUUUUCCUGUUGAGAUGUAUUGCAUUGAAAAUUGUACACUGCCUCUUUAAGAGCAUCAAGUUUGUGAUGAUAAUAAUAAUAACAACUAGAUGGUAAUAUUCCAUGAAUAUAAAUUGUGUGACUUCCUUCAGUAUUUUUGUGGCAGUGGAUAGGAUAGCCUGAACAUGUGAAAAAUGGUUUGGUGUAUCUAGCUUGAACGGUUCAAUAGUUACUGUUGGUGAGUUGCUUUAUGCUAAUUUAUGCAAAUGUCAAUGUAUGUAGUUGAUAAAGAUUCUAAAGAACUUGAAGUUAGGGUAGCCUGAAUGUUUUGAAGUUGGUCUUGUAGCUUAAUUGGCCAAGGAGCAGGACCAGUUUUAAUAGGAUUCCUAUGGUUCUCAUUCAAACCCAUGUUAAUUUACGCACAUUUUAAAUGGUUAUAGUUCAAAAAGUAUAUAGUAUCAAAAAUAUUUUGACAAGCAAUCUAAGUAGGGUCUGUCUGAACAUCUCAACGUUGGUUUGGAGUUGAUAGCUUAGAUGGUGAAAGAGGAGAUUUUUUUGCUGUUGAAAUGCCCUGGUAUCCAUAGCAAUGGCUCCGUUUGGGCUGCUCAAUGACGAGACAUGAGAGCGCUGUUAGCUGGCAUUAGCUAGCUAGUUUUCGUCACUCUAAAAGCCGACAAACAACUAUAACUUUUGAUUGGUAGAAGAUAAUUCUGUUCUGAUUCCAGAUUUGAAUAGCAGAGAAGUAGACCAAGAUGGCAUACCCUCUACUUUUUUGUCUAACUUGUUGGGAAAGUGGUCAAAAUGUCAUAUUUUUUAAAUAAAAAGUUAGAGGAAAUGUAAUUGACGUGGUUAGUAAAACAGCUGUAUUGUUUGAACGGUAUGAAAUACUUUUGUUCCAAUUUCUGAUUUUAAUAGAAGAGAAGUAGAGGAAGAUUUCAUACACUUUUUGUCUAACUUGUUGGGAAAGUGGUCAAAGUAGCUGAUUUGUGUCCACAUUUACAUUAUUACGUUCACAGUGAAUGGAAUGUUGGAAGUCAUGAUGUCACAAUGGAAGCUUUAGAAUGUUAAAGAAAUCCCAUGAAACUGGAUGAAGUUUUAUAAAAGUGUAAUAGUUUAAUAAAUAUAGAUAGUAUCAAAAAGUUGUGUGCAAGCACACUAUUCCAGACCAGUCUGCACGUUUUAAAGUUUGAAUGGCGUUUCUAAUUUAAACGGUUAAGAGGAGUAGUGUUCCGAAUAAUAAUAAUAAUAAUAAUAAUAAUAAUAAUAAUAAUAAUAAUAAUAAUAAUAAUAACUAGAUGGUAAUUGUACAUGAAGUACAAUUGGUGGGACAUUUUUACAUUUUAGUCAUUUUAGCAGACGUAGCAGUAGUAAAUUGGUAAUUGGUCUGAUUACUUUGAUAGACCACACUAUCAACCUUAUUACUUUGGAUUGGGUGGGGGCAGUUCGAUCAGAAAAAUGUCUAAACUACAGUUGAUGUGUGUGAAAACUGAAAGAAGAAAGACAAAGUGAUCUUAAAGGGCACGAUCAUGUGGACAACACUCUUAGGAAAGCAAAGCAACUCUGAAUCCUUCAUGCUGUGGGUUUCAGAUAAAUAGAUGCACAAUUUACUUUUGUAAAACGUUCAGUGUAAAUGAAGUUUGAUUUUCGUUGAAUGAUGAUGUAAUGAUUAGAACUUCAGGCUAUUAUUUGGGAAAUAUGAUGGUACAUCUAGUGAUGACAACUCUUUAAAAGUAUUUUCUUGGUAGUUGAAUAACUACAGUGCCUUGCAAAAGUAUUCAUCCCCCUUGACGUUUUUCCUAUUUUGUUGCAUUACAACCUGUAAUUUAAAUGGAUUUUUAUUUGGAUUUCAUGUAAUGGACAUAAACAAAAUAGUCAAAUUGGUGAAGUGAAAUGAAAAAUAUAAUUUAAAAUUAUACAAAAUAAAUAACGGAAAAGUGGUGCGUGCAUAUGUAUUCAAACCCUUUGCUAUGAAGCCCCUAAAUAAGAUCUGGUGCAACCAAUUACCUUCAGAAGUCACAUAAUUAGUUAAAUAAAUUCCACCUGUGUGUGCAAUCUAAGUGUUACAUGAUCUCAGUAUAUAUACACCUGUUCUGAAAGGCCCCAGAGUCUGCAACACCACUAAGCAAGGGGCACCACCAAGCAAGCAGCACCAUGAAGACCAAGGAGCUCUCCAAACAGGUCAGGGACAAGUUGUGGAGAAGUACAGAUCAGGGUUGGGUUAUAAAAAUAUAUCUGAAAAUUUGAACAUCCCACGGAGCACCAUUAAAUCCAUUAUUUAAAAAUGGAAAGAAUAUGGCACCACAACAAACCUGCCAAGAGAGGGCCGCCCACCAAAACUCACAGACCAGGCAAGGAGUGCAUUAAUCAGAGAGGCAACAAAGAGACCAAAGAUAACCCUGAAGGAGCUGCAAAGCUCCACAGCAGAGAUUGGAGUAUCUGUCCAUAGGACCACCUUAAGCCAUACACUCCACGGAGCUGGACUUUACGGAAGAGUGGCCAGAAAAAAGCCAUUGCUUAAAGAAAAAAAUAAGCAAACACAUUUGGUGUUCGCCAAAAGCCAUGUGGGAGACUCCCCAAACAUAUGGAAGAAGGUACUCUGGUCAGAUGAGACUAAAAUUGAGCUUUUUGGCCAUCAAGGAAAACGCUGUCUGGCGCAAACCCAACACCUCUCAUCACCGCGAGAACACCAUCCCCACAAUGAAGCAUGGUGGUGACAACAUCAUUCUGUGGGGAUGUUUUUCAUCGGCAGGGACUGGGAAACUGGUCAGAAUUGAAGGAAUGGUGGAUGGUGCUAAAUACAGGGAAAUUCUUGAGGGAAACCUGUUUGUCUUCCAAAGAUUUGAGACUGGGACGGAGGUUCACCUUCCAGCAGGACAAUGACCCUAAGCAAACUGCUAUAGCAACACUCUAGUGGUUUAAGGGGAAACAUUUAAAUGUCUUGGAAUGGCCUAGUCAAAGCCCAGACCUCAAUCCAAUUGAGAAUCUUUGGUAUGACUUAAAGAUUGCUGUACACCAGCGGAACCCAUCCAACUUGAAGGAGCUGGAGCAGUUUUGCCUUAAAGAAUGGGCAAAAAUCACAGUGGCUGGAUGUGCCAAGCUUAUAGACAUACCCCAAGAGACUUGCAGCUGUAAUUGCUGCAAAAGGUGGCUCUACAAAGUAUUGACUUUGGGGGGGUGAAUAGUUAUGCACGCUCAGGUUUUUUUUGUCUUAUUUCUUGUUUGUUUCCCAAAAUAAUAUAUUUUGCAUCUUCAAAGUGGUAGGCAUGUUGUGUAAAUCAAAUGAUACAAACCUCCCCAAAAAUCCAUUUUAAUUCCAGGUUGUAAGGCAACAAAAUAGGAAAACUGCCAAGAGGGGUGAAUACUUUUGCAAGCCACUGUAUGUAGAAUAGGUUUGUAUGUAGACCUACUGAUAGCUAGCUGUAGUUCUAGCUAAUAAAUAAACUCUUUAGGCUAACAGUGAUCACUGAAAAGUAAAUUUCCUGAAGAAAAUGUUUUCUUGCUAACUUGUUUUAAAGUAUGUAUGGUUUUGAAAAAAGUUAUAGUAGUGGUAGUUCAUGCAGUAGUAAUGGUGGUGACUGGUUAUAGUUGAAAUAGUAGGUAGAUUGAGAAAAUGAUUGAUUGAUUGAUUGAUUGGUUGAUAGGAUAGGAUAGCCUGAACAUGUGAAAGUUGGUUUGGUGUCUCUAGCUUGAACAGUUAGAGAGUUAGAAGUAUUGUUGGUGGCUAUUAUAUGCUAAUUUAUGCACAUUUAAGUAGUUAUAAUGUAUAGUGCAGACCAGAGCUAGUGCGAACCAGAGCUAGCAAGCUACACCCAGGACCAGAGCUGAACCAGAGCUGGGUCGGAGCUAGUGCAGACCAGAGCAGUAGUUGUGGUCACUAGGUGAGGUCACUAGUUAUUGUCAUUGGUUGUGUAGUUGUGGUCAGUAGUUGUAUGGUCAGCAGUUGAGGUCAAUAAUUGUGUGGUUGUGUUGCAGGUUAUUUGGGCCCUACUGUGUAGUUGUGGUCAGUAAUUCUGUUGUGGUCAUUAGUUGUGUGGUUCAGUAGUUUUGUGGUCAAUAGUUGUGUGGUUGUGGUCAGUAGUUUGGUUGUGGUGGGGAGUUGUGGUCAGGAGUGGUGUUAAGUAGUUGUGGUCAGGAGUGGUGUUUUUGUAAAAAUGAUAUAUAUAUUUUGGACAGGGAAAUCAUACUGAGACUAGGGUCUAUUUUACAGAUAGGCUCUGCAUAAACACAUACAAUAUAAAAAAUUACAAAACAUAUUAAGAAGAACUGACACAUUUAUCAACAUAGAGGUCUCCGAUCAUUACUCUGAACUGAUCCAUGGGGACCAGAGCAUCUAAUUUCAGAGAGCUCUGUAAGUUAUUCCAGUAGUGGUGUGGUUGUGGUCAGUAGUUGUGGUCAUUAGUUGUGUGGUUGUGGUCAGGAGUUGUAGUCAGUAGUUUUGUGGUUCAGUAGUUGUGUGGUCACUAGUUGUGUGGUUGUGGUCAGUAAUUGUGGUCAGUAGUUGUGGUCAGUAGUGUGUGGUUGUGUUCAGUAGUUGUGUGGCCACUAGUUGUGUGGUUGUGGUCAGUGAUUGCAGUCAGUAGUUGUGGUCAGUAAUUGUUGUGUGAUUGUGGUCAGUUUUUGUGAGGUUGUGGUCAGCAGUUGUGGUCAGUAGUUGUGUGAUUGUGGUCAGUGUCUAAACUACAGUUGUUGUGUGUGAAAAUUGAAAGAAGUACAAUGAGAAGUGAUUGGGGGAAAUAUGAAGAGAGUGAACGGUGGCAGUUGUUGUCCAAGGCAGUUGUUGCUGGACAAAAGUUGUUUUGGCAGGCCUGCUCCCUCCAUGGCUAAAGCCAGUGUGAGAAACAUGCUAACAAACGUUUUUUGCUUUGUAACUAAAUAAAUACUGCACUCUAACCCACAAAACGUAUUUGCUAGAUUCAUGAUAGUGUAUGGCAAGCCUAAAUAACUUCAAGAGUAAAAAUGUGCAUAACAAGUCAGAUAAUACGUUGCCUGGACUAACUCUGUGGUCAAUAAUGGUGUUUAACAUGAUUUUUAAAUGACUACCGAUCUCUGUACCCCACACAUACAAUUAUCUGUAUGUUCCCUCAGUCGAGCAGUGAAUUUCAAGCACAGAUUCAACCACAAAGACCAGGGACGUUUUCUAAUGCCUCGCAAAGAAGGGCACCUAUUGGUAGAUGGGUUAAAAUAAAAAGCAGACAUUGAAUAUCCCUUUGAGCAUGGGGAAGUUAUUAAUUACACUUUGGUUGGUGUAUCAAUACACCCAAUCACUACAAAGAUACAGGCGUCCUUCCUAACUCAGUUGACGGAGAGGAAGGAAACCACUCAGGGAUUUCACAAUGAGGCCAAUGGUGAUUUUAAACCAGUUACAGAGUUAAAUGGCUGUGAUAGGAGAAAACUGAGGAUGGAUCAACAACAUUGUGGUUACUCCACAAUAUUAACCUAAAUGACAGCGUGAAAAGAAGGAAGCCUGUAUAGAAGAAAUAUUCCAAAACGUGCAUCCUGUUUGCAAUAAGGCACUAAAGUAAUACUACAAAAAAUGUGGGCACAACAUUUUUUUGUCCUGAAUACAAAGCAUUAUGUUUGGGGCAAAUCCAACUAGGACAAAGAUUAGGAUAACAUUAAAAGGAAUUGAGCUAAGCAUAGGCAAAGUCCUAGAGGAAAAACCUGGUUCAGUCUGCUUUCCAACAGACACUGGGAGACAAAUCCACCUUUCAGCAGGACAAUAACCUUAAACGGAAGGCCAAAUAUACAGUGGAGUUACUUACCAAGACGACAUUGAAUGUUCCUGACUGGCCUAGUUACAGUUUUGACUUAAAUCGGCUUGAAAAUCUAUGGCAAGACUUGAAAAUGGCUGGCUAGCAAUGAUCAACAACCAACUUCAGGAGCUUGAAUAAUUUUUAAAAUAAUAAUGGGCAAAAAUUUUACAAUCCAGGUUUGCAAAGCUCUUAGAGACUUACCCAGAAAGACUCACAGCUGUAAUCGGUGCCAACGGUGAUUCUAACAUGGGGUUGAAUACUUAUCUAAUCAAAAUAUAUUAGUGUUUUAUUUUCCAUUUAAUUAAAAUGAAAAUCCAUUUUAGUCCCACUCUGUAACACAACAAAAUGUGGGAAAAGUCCAGGGGUGUGAAUACUUUCUGAACGCACUGCAUAACCAGUCACCACCAUUACUACUGCAGACACUACCACUACUAUAACGUAUUUUAAAACCAUACAUACUUUAAAACAAGCUAGCAAGCACACAACAUUUUCUUCAGGAAAUGUACUUUUCAGUGAUCUCUGUUAGCCUAAAGAGUUUAUUUAUUAGAGAGAACUACAGCUAGCUAUCAGUAGGUCUACAUACAAACGUAUUCUACAUAGUUCUUCAACUACCACAAAAAUACUUUUAAACAGCUGUCAUCACUAGAUGUACCAUCAUAUUCCUCUCCCCAAAUAAUAGCCGAAAACUUUCUAAUCAUUACAUUAUCAUUCAACUAAAAUCAAACUUCAUUUACACUGAACGUUUUACAAAAGUAAAUCGUGCAUCUAUUUAUCUGAAACCCACAGCAUGAAUAUGAUUCAGAGUUGCUUUGCUUUCCUAAGAGUGUUGUCCACAUGAUCGUGCCCUUUAUUCCCAUCUUCUGACAGAAGAUCACUUUGUCUUUCUUCUUUCAGUUUUCACACACAACAACUGUAGUUUAGACAUUUUUGUGAUCUAACUGCCACACAAUCCAAAGUUAUAAAGGUUGAUAAAGUAGUCUAUCAAAGUAAUCAGACCAAUUAUUUUAACUUUGACUAGAUGUAACUGCUUUGCUUUAAAUAUUAAAGUAAAACUUUUUCAAAAUGUUAUGGAGGACUAAAGUACCGAUGACGUGGCAGGUGAUACUUUGCUUCUUGAAAGUUCAAUAUCUUGAAAACUUGACUGCUGACAUGCAAAACAUUUGAGGACUUUAUCUACUGUAUCAGUGGACUAAUUAAAAAAAUACCCAAAUUGUUUUUUGGUGGAUUUUACCUUUAACGUUAGAUACGUAAUUUAAGCAAUUACUAGCAAUCAUUUUGUGAAGUUGGGAGAGGAAGCUCUAAUAGUAGUAGUAAUCAUUUGACGAAAAGUGCAUUGAAUGUGAAAACAGAUCUUGUUUAUGAAAGAUUAAAUGCGUGAAGUUUUUGCAACAUUCUGGUUGCGAUCAGCUGAUGCCCACUAGAUGUGGGUCGCACUUGCCUAAUCUCGAAAAUGGCACAACUACUGAUCUCCAUUUUUUUUCACCGAAAAGUAUGGUCAAAAGGUUACGGUAAAUUACAUAAAAUAUGAUAAUUUAUAUAAUUAUAAAUUAUAACACACACGCAAUGCAUUUAAUAAACUCAUAGCAUGAUGUUGUCUGAACUUUUUCAUUGCUAGCUAGCUAGCAUUGCUAGCGCGAGCUUGCUAGCAAGAUACAGUACUUGUCCAUGUCAUGUAGCAAGUGUAGUGUAUUAAGAUUAUGACUUUCUUAAUGGUUUUAAGUGGAACCUUUGAGGAUGUUUAUUUUAGUGUCAAGAGGGAAUGUUUUAGUGUAACGCCACAUACAACAGACAGGAAGUGUGUGUUGUAGCCAGGGGAUUGGACAGUAGAGGGAGCCACCCAUAUCUUGGGAAGAUUAUAUAUACUGGGUAAAAGCGAAGAAGAGGUUAGAGCGGCCAUUGCAAUCUGGGACGCCGUUCUCCGGGUGAUCUUGACACCUGUAACCUCAUGCUGAAUUCUUGUGAUAUGAAUAAAACUUAUGAUCAAAGGUUCAGUAUGAGCGGACUCCUUUGUUUAUCAGCAAUAAUUGCCAGCAUUGACCCGAUACUACACAAGUCAAAACAAUAUUUAUCACGUCUCAACCUACUGUCUAUGAUAUCAACAUAUUGCACGAAGUAACUUUUUGCAUGUAUACUUUUAGCAAUUUCUAAUUAUCUAGCUAGCCACUCAAUACUGUUGCACCUUUUCUGGCCUUCCCUGUAGUGUGCACACAAACUGUAGCCAGCUAGCUUGUGCAGAAUCUCUGGCUUGUGCAGGAUCAUAGAGUGGUGCAUUUGAGACUUGCAGAUUUGAUUAAUCAACCCAGUUGCAUUCAUGUUUCAGAUAUAUUGAACCACUCAAACUCAGCUACCCUUUCCCCCUGAAUUUGCAACAGUUUUAAUUAAUCUGAUCUGUCAUGCUUGUGGUCCUCUGUAGCUCAACUGGUAGAGCACGGCGCUUGUAACGCCAAGGUAGUGGGUUCGAUCCCCGGGACCACCCAUACACAAAAAAAAUGUAUGCACGCAUGACUGUAAGUCGCUUUGGAUAAAAGCGUCUGCUAAAUGGCAUAUUAUUAUAUUAUUAUUAUUAUGCUGUAUUUGCGUGACAUCAAACCUCAACUGGACACCUCCCCACUUGUCUCCUCUAUUUCUUACACCCUUCUUUCUCCCUCUCAACCCCUUCUCAUUCCUCUCUCUCCCCCAGGCCUCCCCAACCAACAUGAAGGUUCCUUCUAUUACCUCCCAGUCUGGAAACAGCAGUGUGUCUGUGGUCAACGUGAACGACUCUCCUGCCGCCCGUCAGGCCGCGGCUAAGCAAGCCCUGCGUAAACAGCUGGAGAAGACCCUUCUGGAGAUCCCUCCUCCCAAACUUCCCACCCCAGAGCUCAACUUCCUGCCCUCGGCAGCCAACAACGAGUUCAUCUACCUGGUGGGCCUGGAGGAUGUGGUGCAGAACCUGCUGGACUCCAUGAUGAGAGGUACUAUACAUAUUAUGCUUGUGUAAACACUAUAUAACACUAUACCAUCAGAGGUGGCAGAGGUGCAAACACAUUACACUGUUAUAAACACUACAUACAGUAUUCCAUCAUAUUACAGACGCUUCAUUUACACAAUAAUAUCACUACUCCAGCAGAGAUUCAAACACUAACAUUACAAUACCGCUCAGAUGGGUUUCCUCCCCCUUGAUGAUUUUUUCUUACCUCGAGCAGCAUUUGAUCAGUAGGCUUUAUAUUGAAACCAGUGUUCUUCUGUCCGCUGUCUAACCCCCCCCCGCUAUCCUUUCUAUCCACCCCAGCUAAAACAGGGAUGCCCCCGGUCAAGCCUGCCAUCAAAGAGCCCUUCACCUGCACCCAGUGCAGCACUGAUUUUACCUGCCGUUGGAGGCAAGACAAAGCCAAGGGCGGGACCAUCCUCUGUGCAGACUGCAUGUCCUCCAAUCAGAAGAAGGCCUUGAAGGCUGAGCACACCAAUAGGCUGAAGGCUGCAUUUGUCAAGGCCCUGCAGCAGGAACAGGAGAUAGAGCAGCAGAUCUUCCAGCAGGCUGCGUCCCCCGUCUCUCACACCCCCUCCUCCUCUUCCUCCUCCUCCUCUCCGUCGGUGAAGGCGGAGCAUCUAGUGUCCCAGCAGCUGAAACAGGCUCAGGCCCAGGCCCAGGCUAGGGCCUCCUCUCUGCACCAGCAGCACAACAGAGGACAGAGCAUCGCACGCCACCACUCCACCAACAUCAAACAGGUAGGGGUGACACACUUCUCAGCAGUUCCCUGAAACUCACAUCAUCACCUGUGCCACUCCAGGCACUGUCACACUCAAUUACAGGUCCUAUCACAUUCAAUUAGAUACAGACGGUUAUAAUAUUCUCGUACAUAUGGUUCCCUUUUAAUUUUUUAACAACUACAAUACAAAAUCAAUACAAAAGGCUGCUUAAUACAAAUGGCUGCUCCCAUCAGUUGGUGCUCUGAUCAGUGGGUACGCUCGCCCUCACCCGCCCCGAGAUGCUGGCAGGGCGAAGCCCCCGGCUGAAAGGGAUUUUCCAAGGGCGGGAAGGACCAAGACCCGCCGACGGGCGGGCGGGCAUAGAAGCAAGUGCACCCAAAACCACCAGGACCAGCACACACUCCGCUCACAGCGUGAAACCAAAACACUAAACAUACAGAACUAAACACAUCCCCACCCUCACCCCUGAUUGGAGGAUCUCAAACAUGUAUACUAUGCAUGUGUGUAUGUAUUUAUUCCAACACUCAUUCAUUCCAACCUUCAGACAGCCACAGAUCACCCCAUCUUUCCCAGUAAAUAGUAAUUCUACCAUUUCCUCUUGCAAUACAUCCCUCCAUUCUACCAUGGUGUCUCACUAGGGACUUGAACCUCCCUAUCUGCAAAAUGUCUGCUGAAAUUGACCCCGAAAUAAACAUUUUAUCCAAGAGCCCAAUGGUUCCCUUGGCUUGUGUGGUCUGUUCUCGUCACACAGAUGUUGUCACUUGUCACUCAAUAUUAUUUUUCCUUCUCCCCCCUCCCCUCCACCUCAGGGCCAGCUCUCCCGUGGCGGUGUCCCGUCUGUGGGGGUGAGGGGCGUGUCCCACUCUUUCUCCUCCUCCUCUCAGCUGCAGAGCGCAGUGGCCGCUGCAGCCUUGGUCAGCCGGCCAGGUAAGCAUGCCCAUGUGCGCCCCGCUGCCCAGGGUUCAAAGGGCAGCUCCAGUGGGAACAGCAGCAGUGGUAGCGGCCAAGCCACUGCAUGGAGGAAGCAGAACAACCUCAACACAGGUAGACUAAUCCCGUCCGGGUCCCCAACCCACCAUCAUACCACACUGGCCCCCCAACUUCUACCUCUACAGCCUGGACUUUUGUCAUGUCCAAAAACAUCCCCUAGCCCGUUUUACUAGUCACCUCCACUGUGGUGUUUGCAGGUCUGAAUGAAUAACUACAAGUAUUUAAGCAAUAUGGCUGAAGCUCCUUUACACCCAUCUGAGGGUUAGAUGGAGGCAUCACAAUAGUGCUUACACCUGCGUAAGAGGCUAGGGAUUGGUUUUGGACUAGGCAUCUGACUGCUCUCUGUGUCCACAAUGCUCUGUUUCCUUAUUUCUGCUAUGAUAUCAAUGUUAUUGACGUGUUUUGUGUGUGUGUGUGUGUGUGUUAUUCUGUUCAGUGGACCCUCCCAUUCAGAGACUGACCCCUCUCCACUCUUUCUCUGCAGGUGUGACCAUGGCCUAUGUGAACCCCAGCCUGCCAGUCCAUAAGACCUCGUCCACAGUGGACGCCCGCCAGAGAGAGUACCUCCUGGACAUGAUCCCCUCGCGCUCCAUCUCCCAGACGGCUAACACAUGGAAAUAG